AUGGACCAGUACGGCCUUGGGGACGAGGGUGCCCUUCCGUCAGAGAUGCAUCUCCCUUCGUUUUCCGAGAGCCAGGGACUCAACUGCAGUGACACCCUCAACCGGGAUCUGGGUCCCAGCACGCGAGACCUGCUCUAUGCCGGCCUGAGUGGCUUGGACCUGGACUCCAGUCUCCCAACGCCCGAGGUGCCCAGUGAGGUGCUGGAGGACAACUUGGACGCCCUGUCCCUGUACUCGGGGAAGGACGGCGACUCCGCGAAGCUGCUGGAGGAAUAUGCCGACCCGGAGUCUCAGACAUCCUUGCAAGACCUGGGGCUGGGCGCGCUUAAGGUGCCCAAAGAGGCUGACGACGGAGGCCGGGCCGCCUCUGGGAGCGCGAGGAAGGGGAAGCGGCAGCACGCCUCCCCGCAGAACCCGCUCCUGGACUGCAGCCUCUGCGGGAAGGUGUUCAGCAGCGCCAGCUCGCUCAGCAAGCACUACCUGACGCACAGCCAGGAGCGGAAGCACGUCUGCAAAGUCUGCAGCAAGGCCUUCAAGCGGCAGGACCACCUGACCGGGCACAUGCUCACGCACCAGAAGACCAAGCCCUUCGUGUGCAUCGAGCAGGGCUGCAGCAAGAGCUACUGUGACUACCGCUCCCUGCGCCGGCACUACGAGGUGCAGCACGGCCUGUGCAUCCUGAGGGAGGCCCCGGCGGAGGACGACGCCUGUGGGGAGCCCCCCCAUGCCCACGAGGCGCCCAGCGGCCCACGGGCCCUGGUGCCCCCAGAAGCCAGGUCCCCCAGCUCCCUCCUGCCCAACCGAGACCUCCUGCGCUGCAUCGUGAGCAGCAUCGUCCACCAGAAGAUCCCAUCCCCUGGCCCAGCCCCAGCGGGGCCUUCUGACGGCGAGGGGAGGAGCACGGCCUGUCCCUGCCCGCCCUCCUCGGGGUCCUCCUCCUGCACCCCCGCGAGCACCCCCGGGGCCCCGGGAGCCCUGGGAGUUGAGGUCUCUGAGGACCCACGUCCCCCACGGAAGGAGCCUGUCACUGAUGCGUUCGUGACUGUCCACUCUAGGGCAGCAGAGAACAGUGCCCCCGAGCCAGCAGAGUCAGAGCCGCCGCUGCUGCAGCUCCCGUCCACCCUGGAGGGCUGGCCGGAGGGCGGCUCCCUGCCCGCCUGUCUGCCUCUGUUCCGGGGCCAGACAGUCCCCGCCAGUUCCCAGCCACCCAGCCACAACUUCCAGUGGCUCCGGAACCUGCCAGGCUGCCCCAAGAGCAAAGGGAACAACGUGUUCGUGGUCCACAAGCCGCCCGCGGCACCGUGCCGGGAGGGCCCGGAGUCUGGCCCCAGGCCCAGCAGCGCCUCCCCCACGGGGGAGCCGUCGCCCGGCUCAGGCCCCAGCCCGGAGGAUGCCCUGCCCUUCCCUCCGCCACUCCCGAAGGUGCCCGGGGAGGCCUUGGGCGACCCCAGACAUGCCGGUGGGGAGGAUGACCCCUGGGCUUCCAAGAAGAACAGGUUUGACUGCGAGGCCUUCCCAUGGCAGAACCCCAGGGAGCCCGGCCUCCAGGAUGGCCAGAAGCCGGUUGGGCUCCCCUCAGAUGCCACGCCACUCCUCCGGCAGCUGUUCCUGAAGCCACAGGAGCCUCUGAUGAGCCCCGAGCAAAUGCAGGUGUUCCAGAUGUUCGCCAAGCCCCAGCGGGCCUUCUCCCACGCCCAGGUGGCAGCCGCGGCCUCCCAGCUCCCCGCGCCCGAGGGCAAGCAGGCUGCCCUGAAGCCACUGCAGGGGCCCUGGCCUCCGCAGCCCUCACCGCUGGCUUCCAGCGUAGACUCGCUGCACGCUGGCCCUGGAACCCUGGAGCCAGAGGGAUCCCCAGCCCGCAGGAGGAAAGCCGUGCCCACAUUCCCCAGAGAGGCCUCUCCUGGCAGCUCUAGACGAGACUCGAAAGGAGGACCGAAGGUGGCCCCCGCCCCGCCGUCCCUCCCAGGGUCGUCCCUGGACCCUCCUAGGAAUCCAGACAUCACCUCUCUGGCCAAGCAGCUGAGAUCUGCGAAAGGGACCUUGGACCUGGGGGACAUCUUCUCCCCUGGGGGCCCACGGCAGACCCAGUUAGGUGGGGACGAGCCAUCUGGAGUCCAGGCCCCCGGGAAGCAGGCCCAGGCCGAGAAUGGCACGGCUUCGGGGGCCGCGAAAGGGGAGAAGGGCCCCGCCUGCUCCCGGGGCGGAGGCUACAGGCUCUUCUCCAGCCACCCCAGGGCCCAGCGCUUCUCCGGCUUCCGGAAGGAGAAGGUGAAAAUGGACAUGUGCUGCACCGCCUCUCCCAGCCAGGUAGCCAUGGCCUCCUUCUCAUCGGCCGGGCCUCCAGUGGACCCCCCGCGGGACUCGAAGUCCAAGCUGACGAUAUUCAACAGGAUCCAGGGUGGAAAUAUCUACAGGCUCCCCCAUCCGAUGAAGGAGGAGAACAUGGCGGGUGGAUGUAACCAGCAGAACGGGGACCCCGGCGACUGGGCAGAGUCAAGGAGCACUUUCAUCUGCAAGAACUGCAGCCAGAUGUUCUACACCGAGAAGGGGCUGAGCAGCCACAUGUGCUUUCACAGCGACCAGUGGCCGUCCCCGCGAACGAAGCAGGAGCAGCAGGUGUUUGGCUCAGAGUUUUGCAAGCCACUGAGACAGGUGCCGAGGCCAGACGGGGAUGGGCAGAGUCCCCCAGGAGCCAAGAAAUCCUCGGACAGCGCGGCCGCGGCCCCUUUGGAAGUCUCCGUGUCAGUGCCUGUGGCUCCGGCACACCGGCCCCUGGGGAGCACAGCCAAGGGACAAGAGAAAGACACGGAAGAGAGAGACAGCAAGGAGAGCAGCCAACACAGGAAGCGGAAGAAGCGUCCCCAGCCCAAGGCGCUGUUCGCGCCCCCGGCCCCCUCCGCCUUCGGGGACCCGGGCCCGGGAGGAGGCCACCAGAGCUGCCUGAGGUCUCCGGUGUUCCUGGUGGACCGCCUGCUGAAGGGGUUAUUCCAGUGCCCCCCCUACACGCCACCCCCGAUGCUCAGCCCCAUCCGGGAGGGGUCCGGGCUGUAUUUCAGCACGCUCUGCUGCACGGUGGCUCAGGCGGGCCCCGACAGACUCGCCAGCGCCAUGCUUGAUCAAGUGGACGGCUCUUUUGGCAUCUGUGUGGUGAAGGAUGACACCAAGAUCAGCAUUGAACCACACAUCAACAUAGGAAGCCGGUUUCAGGCUGAGAUCCCAGAGCUGCAGCAGAGAUCGCUGGCUGGAACCGAUGAGCAUGUAGCUUCUCUGGCCUGGAAGCCGUGGGGAGAUGUGAUGAGCAACCCAGAAACGCAGGAUCGAGUGACUGAGCUUUGCAACGUGGCCUGCUCUAGCGCGAUGCCGGGCGGGGGCACCAACCUGGAGCUGGCGCUGCACUGCCUGCACGAAGCCCAGGGCGACGUCCAGGUUGCCCUGGAGACCCUCUUACUCAGAGGACCCCAGAAGCCACAGACUCACCCCCUCGCUGACUAUCGCUACACAGGUUCCGACAUCUGGACCCCCAUGGAGAAGAGGCUCUUUAAGAAGGCGUUCUGUGCCCACAAGAAGGACUUCUACUUGAUACACAAGACGAUCCAGACGAAGACUGUAGCGCAGUGUGUGGAGUAUUAUUACAUCUGGAAGAAAAUGAUCAAGUUCGACUGCGGCCGAGCCCCGGGGCUGGAAAAGAGGCUCAAGAGAGAGGCGGAGGAGGCGGACAGGACAGACGCCAAGGUCACCUGCAGCCCUCGGGAGAGACCCGGCCACCAUCCGACACCCGAGUUGAAGAUAAGGACCAAGGGCUUCAGGAGGGAGUCUGUCCGCACCGCCAGCCCCAGCACCGGCCCCAGGCGGACCCCGGAGCCGCCUGGGAGCGCAGAGGGCCGGGGCGUCUUUCCCUGCAGAGAGUGUGAAAGGGUGUUCGACAAGAUCAAGAGUCGAAAUGCCCACAUGAAGCGGCACCGGCUUCAGGACCACGUGGGACCCGUGGUCCGGGUGAGGUGGCCGGUGAAGCCCUUCCAGCUGAAGGAGGAGGAGGAGGAGGAGGAGAUCGGGGCUGACAUCGGCCCCCUGCAGUGGUGA